AUGAAAAAUUGGCAUCAAUUUGGCGGUGUUCGAGGAGCCAAUCUGAGAACGUUCGGCGCGAAAAAUGGUCGGCCCGACGCGGCUCUUGCGUCAAUUGGAUCUUGUAGGCGUGUACAUUCAAAUCCUUGUGGAGAAUGCGGAGCAAACUGGUUCUCGAAAUGCCCAAUUCUUGGGAUCGACGCGUUGUUGAUUGUUUCGGAUCGUCUCUCACACUCUCCUUCACAACAGCAAUAUUUUCCAGUGUGCGAACGCUCCUUGGCCGGCCAGAGCCUGGCAGAUUUGCCACAGAACCUGUUGCCUCGAAUUUACGCACCAGACGAUCGAUGGUUGAUUCGUUUGGGCGGUUGUUGCGACCGAAAUGUUCACGAAGCGCGCGAAACGUGUUUUUUAUUUUUGCACCAUUUUUGUAGUGCUCUUGAAUAACUUUAAUGCGGUCUUCAAUCGAAUACGACUCCAUAGCGAUCAAUGGUAAACAUUCGACUAACAAAAUGACAUGUCCGUGACAGAAAACAAAGAUGGCGUCUAUGUCAAAUUGACGUUUACUUUCCUGUGUCCCUAUUGGACAACCCCAUAUAACGGUCAUGGGUCCGGAGAUUCCUCAUAACCAAUUGUACCCUACUGUUUUUUGCAAAAACAGUUUCUCCGUCUGUAUGGAUUCAGUAUCAACUGAUAGGAGCGUACGAUGGGCAACAAGUAACGUUAGAAUGCUUUUCGCAAGCGUUCCCGAAAUCAGUACCAAAUAUGUUCCUGAGAUUAUAGAAGAUGGGUACAAAAUACACAUGAAGCUGAAAAUUAGAUCACUAGGUCCAGAGGACUACGGAAUAUAUAAGUGUGUAUCAAAAAAUUCUCUAGGAGAUAUGGAAGGCUCCAUUAAUGUAUAUAGGAUACCAGAUCCAAAUAAAUUCCUGCAGAGCGGCAAGCGACAACAAGGAUAUGAAGACAACAUUGUCUCUGGAUCAAGUAAAAAGGUUCAAGAAGUGCACCCUAAAAGGCAUUCCAAUGAUACGUCUAGAAGAAUAAGCUUAGAGCAUGAUGAAAUAGAUCUUCAGAGUUACUAUAGCGACGCUUGUUGUGGAUACGAAGACACUCUGCGACUGUCACACCUUUUUCUACCUGUAUUUCUAGCUGUACUGUUAAAUAACGUUCUACAUAUCUAACCUAUCAUAUCCUAAUUUGAAAUGCGAAGAAUUUCUUAAUAAAAUAGGAUCGUGCUAUUUUUGUACGCUUGCUUAGAUUUAGGUGGUAAAUGAUCUUACAAAUAAUUGUAAGUAAUUCGUAAAUAACUUGUGUAUAUGUGAUUAAAUAAAUAAAAUAGACGUUUUGUGAAGUCGUUUUGUAUACA